CCUUUACUACCCACUAGUACUACUAAUGGUUUUCCAAAACAGUGUAGCAUGGACCACAAUAACUACAAUUACUAUACCUAACAAACCAUUAUCUCUCUCCCUCUUUGUUUUUCUAUCAUCUUCCAUGUAAUAAAAGCAUUCCAUAAAUCACUAACCACUAAACAAACUAAAAUCGAAAAAAACAAAAAAAACAGUGGGCGAUAUGCAUUACCACGGGUGCUGUUGCGGACGGUGCGGAGUAUCCACGUCGCCGUUGCCGGUAAUAGUCAUGAUCACGGUGGCACUAGUCCUCUUGGCGCUCUCCUCCGCCGUAAAAUUUGAGGUUUCCCUCUCCUCAGGCGAAGAUAUGCUGAGCUGGCUCCUCCUAGCUGCGGUUCCAUUGGCUCUACUCUUUGCCCUGCGAUGUUUCUCAUGCCUUGAAACGGCGAAGCGAUCCGUCUACUACUGUCCAUGCGGCCGCUGGAAAUGCGUUUGCUACUACUAGCUAUCUAGUUUUGAACGCGGUUAGUGUCGUUGCGUUUACGUUUUUGUAAAUCAAUAAUUUCGUUUUGUAGGUAUUGUCGAUGUUAACGCGAAGGAUAUAUGUGGCGUGAUCAGACUUUAA